UAAUAACCAAUACUACGACCAGUACGACAGCAACAACAACAAGUAAUAAGCAAUAUUGAUAUUGGACAUACCAUAUUACCAUAUUUUAUGUUGUAUAUUUCAGUCUUCAAUACUUUUAUUAGUUGUAAGUUGUAACAAGUACUAACGACCACGAACCACCUGCCGGAAACUUCAAACGUCGACGAUUGCGAAAAUAUCCAUAAUUCAUACUUGAUGCUAGCUCUAAUAAUAAUAUUACCUAUAAGUUAUAGUAAUAUUAUUGUCGAAUGAUGACUCACUUGUGUUUACUCACUUAAAGUUGUAACGUAUACUUCUACUAUUACUCUUCUGUAGGUUUUGUGUGUGUAAUAUUACAUAAUUCUAUUUGAAAUACUGAACAUGGUCCACUCGCACCGUACAAAAAACUAUGAUGAGUUUAUGGCGCUCAUGAAAACAUUGGAGGAAUCAAAACAGAAGACUUUUGUCGUUUUCACGGGUACGCCCAAUGAGAGUGGUGAGAGUUGGUGUUCAGACUGUGUUAUAGCCGAUCCAGUCAUCAAGAAACAAAUAGAACACAAUGAGGAACAUCUAAAAGACACAAAUAUUGUAUAUGCUCAAGUUGGCACAAGAGAAGAGUGGAAGAAUAACAAUGACAAUCCAUUUAAAUUGGACAAAAAAAUACGAUUGCAGUUCUUACCUACACUGCUUAGAUGGGGUACAUUGCAUAAACUCCAAGUAGAAGAAUGUUUGAAACCCGAUUUACUUAACAUGAUCUUCGAAGACACAGAAGAUGAUUCUUAAGAUACGCACAACUUAUUAAAAAAUAUUGUUAACAAUGAUAUAAAUGUAAUUAUUUAUUAUUAUUUUUUAUUGAUCAUAGCGCCAAUAUAACAUCGACAAUUAUA